CGCCGCCGCCGCCGCUGCCGCCGCUCCCCCGGGCCGGCGCCGGGGAUGGUGUUGGCCGCGGCUGCUGGGCCCUGACGCCGCUCUCAGGUGGGAAGCAGCAGUGAUGCUAACUCUGGCAAGCAAGCUGAAGCGGGAUGAUGGCGUCAGAGGCCCCCGUGCGCCCAGCGCAGCGUCGGACUCCACUCGCAGGGUGUCUGUCCGGGACAAGUUACUCGUUAAAGAGGUUGCAGACCUUGAAGCUAAUUUACCUUGUACAUGUAAAGUGAAUUUUCCUGACCCAAACAAGCUCCAUUACUUUCAGCUAACUGUAACCCCAGAUGAGGGCUAUUACCAAGGGGGAAAGUUUCAGUUUGAAACUGAAGUUCCUGAUGCCUACAAUAUGGUGCCUCCAAAGGUAAAAUGUUUGACAAGAAUCUGGCACCCAAACAUUACAGAGACAGGAGAAAUCUGCCUAAGUUUAUUGAGAGAACACUCAAUUGAUGGCACUGGCUGGGCCCCAACUAGAACCUUAAAGGAUAUUGUCUGGGGGUUAAACUCUUUAUUUACUGAUCUUUUGAAUUUUGACGAUCCUUUGAAUAUUGAGGCUGCAGAGCAUCAUUUGCGUGACAAGGAGGACUUUCGGAAUAAAGUGGAAGAUUACAUUAAGCGCUACGCCAGAUGAUGAAGGGGAUGGAUGGAUGGAUGGAUGGCAGGACCACGGCUCCAGAGCUGUCCUUAACCUCAGCAGCAGCCAAAGCAGCCUGGCUUGUUCCAGUCCUGUGUCCACGUUGUACUGAAGAAGAAAAACUUCAUAACCUGUCCAUGUUCAAAGGAGAGUUCAGCAUAAAUACAGCAAGAAAUUGUGUCUGUUGGUUGAAAAAGUUGUCUGCUUCCUUUUACAAAUGUUUACUCUUCUGAACUGUACUGUAUAUCCUGUUGAUGAGGUAUGCUUGAGAAGUUAAAAGAAGUCACUCUUGAAAUUGUAAUUACACUUUUUUUUUUAACUCUUGCCUAAUCUGGAGGGAGGGAAGGAAAAAAGCAAACCCAAACAGCCCAAGCAGAAAAGGUGGCGUGUUUUUGGAACACUUCGAGUUGGCAAUAAAUGGUCUCCUGUGAACCAAAUCACAAAACUGUUGCCUUUGAUGAGCAGAAAAAACAAAAUGAGCUUUGAGAAUCACUCAGCUGAGGCUUAGAGCUUGCCAGAGUGGAAGUGCAAAAUGAGAUUCUACUUCAGGUGUGGAAGUUCUUGAUGCUGUUUAAUGUAAGUACGUUUUUGUCACAGUUUGGAAUUUUUACAUUGUUAAUUUCAGGCCCUGUUUGGGCUACAGGUUUAUUGGGUUUUUGUUUCUAUUCAUUGUGUGAAGUAGUUGAAAGAAAUACAGGCUAAUAUGUAACUUAAGUACAUGUUUAGUAUUAGUAAAAUUAUAUAUAUAUAUAUAUAAAAUAUAUAUUAUAUAUUUCUGUGAAAAAAUGAAUGGAAGGGAGAUUUUUUUUUUUUUAAGAAAUCUGCCUUUGGCUUUCCAAUCUGGAUCUGGUGAGGGAGCAUCAGAAGCUGCUCUGAUGAAGGUAAAUUUAGGCACUGUUACCUGCAGAGCACCUGAUUGUGUUCUCAGGAUUCCUGCACUGAGAGCAAGGACACAGCUGGAACCACAGCACAUUUCCCCCACUCGUGCACACUUUGGCUUUCUUGUUUUGGGAGGAUGUGAUGCUGCAGGUGCCUUUUCUGUAAGGAGCUGAAUGGCACUGAGAGCCUGCAGGAGAGGCUUCAGUCCUGGUGCCAGAGCUCCCUGGGCAUCCUCCAGGAUUGGGAUCACGCAGAGGAGCUGAUGGAGCCCAGCUGAGCUUCUACAAACUAGGAAAUAAAUAUUUGUGUGAUUUCAUGCAGAGCAAGUGUGUGUGUGACACUUGGGCAUUGACUGUUGGGGUUUUACUCCCCCUUCAUUGUCUCCUGCUGUUCAUCUGCUGCAGAUGCUGGAGGAAAUGAAAACAAUCUCCCUCAAGAGCACAGCAGAGCUGGGGUGCAAACUGUAAGCCUGAAACUUUUGUGUUGAGUUUUCCCUGUGCCUUUUCCUUUGCAGCUUCAGCAGCUCCUGUAGCUGUUGCUGGAGGCCUGGGGAAGCAGGGAAUGAAAUGCAGGGAUUGGCAUGCAGGAGGAGAGAGAGCUUCACCUGCAGACAGCAUUCACAGGGACACAUGGACCAGCCCAGUGUUUUAAGCAGGCACCUGCAGUGAGAGAUCUUUGCUGCCAAAACAGAAAUAUCAGCAAAGGUAGGGAGUAAAACAGCAAGGCUGGGAAACACAUCUGGAUUUUGCUUAUGGCAUUAGAAGGAUUCUCAUCCUUGAGUCAAAAACUCAACCAGGUUGCUGUA